AUGCGCACACUGAAAAGACGCACUUGCAGCUCCGUUAGCUUCACUCCGGCAGCGCAUAGCGGACGGAGCAAACAUGGCAGCGGCAACAGUACAGACAAUGGGGAGCCUGCCUAGCGGGCUUGGGAUAUGCACUACAGUCCCAGACAUCUUCUACUUGCCUGAGCUGAUAUUCGGUGGCCUGGUGUGGAUCUUGGUGGCCUCCACUCACGUGACGCCGGACAACCCACAGGGCUGGGUGAUGUUUGUGUCCGUUUUCUGCUUUGUCAUGACUUUACUUUGGCUCAUCAUCUUUGCCUGCGGAGGACACAAAAAUAGAAGCGGCUGGGCCACAGCGGAUUUUGUGUAUCACCUGCUAGCGGCCCUGUUCUACCUCAGUGCCUCUGUCCCCCUCGCCACAGUAACACUGAACAUCAGAAACAGCACUACACUGGCAAGUGACGUCAGCUUCAGAUACUAUCAAAUCGACAUUGCAGCAGUGGUUUUCUCCUAUGUGACCAGCCUGCUGUACUUCAUUCACUGCAUACUGUCUGCCAUCCGGUGGAAAAACUUCUGAGCACUGCAAAAAAGAGUGGACAAACAAUUUGCAGAGAAAAACAAAACAAAACACAACUAUACUGCGAGGGAGAGGACCAGACACAGACGCAGAGAGAAAGAAAAGCAAGAAAGGGUUAUUCCUGAGGGGUCAACUCCUCCUCUCUCCUGCCACUGCCCAGAUUUGUAGUUUAGUCAUGUCUGUUACUCCAAUCAGAGAUGUACUCUAGAAGAACAUGAUUAUUAUAAUAAUUUUCCACUUUCGAAUGAGCUUUUCUCCUGUAAAUUUGUGCAAAUCAACGCUUUUUAAAUUUCCAGUUUUUGUAAUACGGAAGGUGGGCAGUGGAGACCGAAGUGGCGGGCAGGAAAUUCAUUUGUAUCUUAAAGAAAUCAACUUUUUUGUAUGUUCGCGGUAUCACGCACUGGAGUAUGAGGAACAUGUUUUAAUAAAAGCUGUGUAAACUUCA